CUCUCUCUCUCUCUCUCAUCAUUCACAUUCACAGUGUUUACAUGUUAGACAUGAAGACUUUCAUGCACUUUGGAUAAUAGUGUUAAAUUCACACCAGGUCAGCUUUUGAUGUCACUUCCUGUUCUGUCCCUGUGAAGUAUCAGUGAGAAAGAUCUCCAAUAGCACAAUAACAGGUCAAAGUCUACUAGAGGGUGUGGCUGAGUCGGAGUCGGGGGUGGGACUUUGAAAGAUGCCAUCCAAUAAGAGUGUGUCUGAUGCUUCCAUCACUCAGUUUCUCAACUGUAGGAUCCUCAGAGACCACCAUCUGCAGAGAGAGGACCUGUGGGUGCGUGAUGGAAAGAUCUUGAACCCGGAGAAGCUGUUCUUUGAUGAGAAAGGUUUCGCAGACCAUAAAAUUGACUGCGGGAAUAAAAUCAUCGCCCCCGGAUUCAUAGACGUGCAGAUCAACGGUGGAUAUGGCAUUGACUUCUCGCAGGCCACUGAUGACAUCACGGGGGGCGUGGCUCAGGUGGCCAAGAGGAUUCUGGAACAUGGCGUCACUUCCUUCUGCCCCACGCUGGUGACGUCUCCUCCGGACAUUUAUCACCAGGUGAUUCCUCAGCUGAAGGUGAAGGAUGGAGGAGCAGAUGGAGCCGGAGUGCUGGGUCUUCAUCUUGAAGGUCCGUUUAUCAGUGAGGAGAAGAGAGGUGCUCACCCUCCUCGUUUUCUCCGCCCUUUUUCGAAAGGGGGCGUGGCUGACCUGUUUGAGACCUAUGGGCAGCUGGAGAACGUUGCCAUGAUUACACUGGCACCAGAGCUCCCUAAUAGUGGGCCAGCGAUCUGUGAGCUGGCACGAAGGGGCAUUGCAGUGUCACUGGGUCACUCCAUGGCUGAUCUGUCGCAGGCUGAGGAGGCCGUCCUGAAGGGAGCGUCGUUCAUCACACACCUAUUCAAUGCCAUGCUACCAUUCCAUCACAGAGACCCGGGCAUUGUGGGAUUGCUGACGAGUGACCGUGUGCCUGCAGGUCGCACUGUGUAUUACGGUAUGAUUGCUGACGGCAUACACACACACCCUGCUGCGCUGAGGAUCGCACACAGAGCUCAUCCUGCAGGGUUGGUGUUGGUGACUGAUGCAGUUACAGCGAUGGGGCUUCCUGCAGGCAGACACACACUGGGACAGCAAGAGAUUCACAUACAGGGACUGCACGCUUACGUAGCAGGAACUAAAACGCUGAGCGGCAGCAUCGCCACUAUGGACAUGUGUGUGAGACACUUCAAACAGGCCUCCGGAUGUACAGUGGAGGCAGCGUUGGAAGCUGCGUCUCUACAUCCUGCUCAGCUGCUGGGGAUCAGCCACAGGAAGGGGACACUGGAGUACAGUGCAGACGCAGAUUUCAUUAUUCUGGACGACUCACUCACAGUUCAGGAAACGUACAUUGCCGGAGAGCUGGUCUGGAGGAAGUGACCUCAUCCUGAAAACACUCUCUGAUUGGACGGUUUUUCACCUGAGUAGUGGUCAUGGGGGCAUCUGAAUGGCCAUAAAGCACAUACAGUAUACACACACAGUAAUUCCCUUUUACUUGGGACUUCUGUACAACGUGAACAUGAAGUCUGUUGAAAAGUGUUUCAAUAUUUCACAUUAUCAAAAUAUUCACAUUUAUGUUUUUAUGUAAUUAUCUACUUCCUCUAUCAUUUCAGUUUACGUUUCGUUUGAAGGCUUAACAGCCUCAUCUGUUUCUGUACACACUGUGAGAAUGAGCUGAAGUGUGUGUGUGUGUGUGUGUGUGAUUUCAUACACAGACACAUGAUGACGUGUUUUAUUCCCAAAGAUGCUGGAGUGAAGU